UUCCUCAACACUGGGGGAAAGACACGUCCCCGCCGAAGAAUGCGUGGUUACGCCCAUGUCCCUCCCACACAAUGUUUGGUUGAAUAGCACUGGUUAUCUGAUAAAAGUACGAUUACUUCACUUCGUACGUGCCUAGGGCACUAAUUUGACUGCCGGUAGGUAUGUCAAAGCUAAGCGCAAGUGCUAACGCUAACUUACUCAACGGACGCCAUCACACACUCAAACACGUGGUACUGCUUAAUUAGCACACUCGCACUCGGUUGUCUGUAACCGCGCGCCAGAUAUCAUUCACUGUAUUGGGGAGUUGUUCGCUGUCUCGCGCCUGUCCCUUUCCUCCACUCCACGUGCCCUGUUACGCAGCACUACAAUAUGCGUCACUCGCGUCGGAGACUGGCGCAUGUCUAUUGGCCGCUGUGGAUGUCCCUUAGCAGCACAGCUGCCUAGCACCCAAUUGUAACGAACAUUAACGGAAUAUAACUUUAGCACAGGCGCGCGCAACAAACCAGAAUAAAACAAUACACAAAACAGAAGGAGCCAGAACAGGGCAAACUCAAGGAAGUGUUUGAGGCUCUCUCUUUCAGGUCAAGCUUAUUACAUAAGAGGAGAAGCACACAUUGUCAUUUUGCUGCCAACUUGAACGAUGGUGAUGAAUGUUUUGACCAGUGCUUGAUGCACCGAUGCAGUAUCCUAGCUUACUGUCAAGUACCCACAAUGCCUCAGGAGCUGAGUAGUGUGGGGAGGUGUGCUGCCUUUCCUGCCAGUAGAAAUGCUAAGGACAAAAGUAACAACACUUCUCUGCUGUCCAGAACAAAAGCUCACACACAGCCGAUGACAAAUGGAUGGAACUCCCACUGCAAUUCUAUGAAAGACUCCGGUUACUCAGAGAUUUUGCUGUACUCAGGGGACCAGGACCUCCUAAGUUUUUGGAUUCUUCAGGAGCUGCGCCUUAAGGGAAGUGCUGUCACAUUCACCAUGGACAAAAUGCCCCCCACCACCAACCUGUUUUGUGUUCCCCUAAUUAAAACAUUUAAAGACAUGAUUUCUGUCAUUAUUUCCUCCACAGAUGCUGGGUCUGACUAUCAGCAGACUGAUGUAGAUCAGCACAUUACUGUAACUGAGUUGAGAUGCCAUAAAUUUGACAGUAUGGCAGAUCAGGGGAACCACAUCCUGGUAUCUGGACAAGUAGAGUUCACUUCCAUGUUUAUCAUCAAAAAUAUAUUUUUAAAACAGUCCAGACAGGCAGGACAGGAUCAAGUCCUCCAGCCUUUGUGGGGAUUGGAGGGCACUAACGCUCAAAGUAAUCUUCUGUUGUUGCAGCAGCCUGGCACUGUCUCUCCACUCCAUGUUCAUACACUACUGCCACAAAGAGCUGAGAGUAAGAACAAAAAGAGCAAAAAUGCGUACCUCCCCAUCCUCAGUUCGUAUCCCAGAAUUGUUCCCAAUCUUAACAAAAAAAAACGAGACAAACCCCCAACCAGCAGGGAGGGCAGUUCAGAGGAGCACAGACUGAGCAAGAGAGUGUGCACUGAAGAAACUAAAGAGGAAAUAUCUAUCUCUACACAAGUGCCUGAGAAGCUUCCAAACAAGCAGCUGGAGAGCCACUUCCUGUCUCACUCUCAUUCUGUCUUACAUUCGCUCUCUUUUAGCAGUGACCUAGAACAGAGGAGUUCAUGCCUCCCCCCUCCAGAACUAAACGUUAUGGGGACAUCAGCCUUCACAAGUCUUAGCUCAUCAUCUGUUUCCAGUUUAAAAACUCCAUCUCUGUCCUUUCCAUCUUUGUCUUCUUGUUCUGAACCUGCAGCACUUUUACUCCCCACCAGUAAGGUGUACCUUUCAGGAGGCUCAGUCCCAGACUCUACCAGUGGCUUGACUCGGCAUCGCCGCUUCCUCAAUACAGUGGAGAUACUGAGCCAGUCAGGCCUGCUGGACAUUACACUAAGAACACAGGAGUUGCUCCGUCAGAGUGCUGCCAUAGAGCAAAAUAUUGCGCAGCUGCGUCAACAUACACAUAUGCUAUGCCAGGCUGUCCAUGCAGAUUCCAAUGUGGCCACUUUGGAGAAAACAUACAGAGUCAUGGUUGAGUCUGGUUGCUAUCCAAAUCUCAGGAGCUUGCUUUUCAUGGGCACUGAUGAUUGAGAGCUGGAGGCUGACAGCAGCUCCAGAAUUUAUGCCAUGAUCACCUACAGAUGUUUGUUUAAUAGGCAGGGAGAAGUUGUACAUCCCUCCUCACUUCUCACCACUGAGCCAGUCAGAGAUUUUCCAUCAGCAGAUCAGAACAACAUUUGGCAUGGAAUGGUUGAAGGCGCAUGAGAAGCACCUGCCUCAAAAAAACCUUCACAUGCCUCCAGACAGCUCAAGUUGUGGGGUGGCUGUUGUAGAAACUUAGAGUAACACUCAGAGUCAGUCAAGUAGCAUAAUUCAAAACAUACAUACAUACAUACAUACAUACAUACACCUGUGGAUUGCUUGCCUGAGUCAGUGAGUGCUGUGGAGAAACAUUUUAUGUGGCAUGUUUCAGCCACGGGCUUAACUGAGCAACUUCAUGACAAGCCCUGUUUUUGUGUUUUCGCAGUUUAUGGUAUGUUGGGGUAUUCACAAGCGUAGCAUUUCCAGUAUUUUGUUUUUUUCUUUAGUUUUACUUAUUUUCAGAUUGGAAUUUCUAUCCAUUCACUUAGUAUAAUAAUUUAAUUUCAUCUACAUUAAAUGGCACAGCCAAACCCAGAUUUGCCAGCAGGAGACUCAGGAGAAAUCCUAGUGGCCUGGCCUGUCUUGUGACUGAAACUGUCCUGUUCUUUGCCAAGUGGCUGGCAAAUGCUGUAGUUCCUAGAAAUUAUGUUCUGUCCAUAUCAUCAAAUUCAAGCACAUAGCUAAUGUUAUCUAAUUAGGCUGUAUUAACCCUUAAAUGUAUACCUCGAGUCGUUAGCAACCCUGGAAGUCUUUCAGUACCCUCCCCCUUGUUCAUUUUUUCACAUUAGACCUCCACCUUCUUAGUAUUCUAUUAUACCUAUUAUCAACAAUAUAACAAGAAAAAUGUAAAAUUGUUGAAUAAUAUGUUUUAUAAUUAAUUAAUUGUAAAAAGUUUAUAGGGUCGCUACUGACGAGGUAUGUAAUAGUAUAUUUUUCUGCGCAACAAUAUUGAAUCUCUCGGGGCUCAAUAAGUGCAAUUCUCUUUUAUUCCACAAGGUGGGAAUGUUUGGUAAACAAUGAGGUAAUGAGUCAAUAAUAAUUAUAAAGAAUGUUACAAAACUUGACAUGGUUCAGCAGUUUACUGCAGAACAAGUUUCUAAUCAAAUACUAGCAUUGUUUGAUGGUGGAUCUGAUGAUGAAGCUGUCAGCCAGCAAACUAUUGAUUUUGAUGAUUAUGAAAACGAUAAUAGCUCGAGAAUGAUCCAGAUCCUGAAUAAGAGCCAGAUUCUGAAUUUACCGGGGGACGCACAGAAGGUGCCACAUUGGUCUAUCAUUGCCACAUUGGCCUAUCUAUUACUUGAUAAUAUUGUUUUUAGGCAGGCGCGUAACCUGGCCUGAGUAUUGUAGGCUGUAGACUUGAAGAUUUUUUCUUUAGCCUGAAUAAUUAUCCACCUGGAGCGGUUUGUCACUAUUUAACUGAAUGUCAGUAAAAAGACGGUGGUGUUGUAAUUUUAUGUCUUCAGUGAAUGCAGGCGAGACCAAUCAGACAGGGUAUACAGGAAAAUACCUGGAAAUACUCAUGGCUGACAGCUCUCAAUUCUGCCAAACAUAUAUGUGGGGUUUUUUUUUUUUUUUUUGUCUUUUUUUUAUACCAGUAAAGGGGUUGAAACAGCAACAACAUCUGAUGCUGAGCAGGAAAACAAGGUGUGUAAAUGUCUAUGAAUUCCAGUUUACGUGAACAUGAUAUGAGCAGAGCAUAAAUAAAAUUAUGUACUUUGCAUGGCACUGUAGGAGCUACCUAUUGCUUAGCUGUGCAUUCCCUUGGCUAGCAACAAACUAGCCUAGUUAUAAAAGUUUUAUAUUUUAUCAGUCUGGUAGUCCUACAAACAGCGACAACACCCAAGGCAAGUUUUAUGAUAAAUCCAACUUUUUCUGAUCAUGUCUCACAUUAACAGCUAAGUUGGAGAAGAAUCUGUGCUCAGCCCCGGAACGGUCCCUAUUUUUAGCCAUGUAAAUUAUACAUUAUAAAAUUACUUUAAUUAUGAAAAUAUUACAUAUUGUAAAGUUUUUAAUUUUGUUAUGGUGACUGAAACAAUUGAAUGAAAAUGCUACAAUACGUUCACUAUUUCAGUGCGUGAAUUAUAAGUGCGUAAUUUUAAGUGUAUAUAUUUUAAUGUUUAUUAACAAAUAAAAUGUCAAAAUAUAAUAAAAUAUGCUGUAUUUCAUUAUUUUGUAAUUGUUAAUUGAAAGGAAAUUGUCUUAUCAUGUACUCUCUUAUGUUAUGAACUGCUAUCAAAUACCUAUGAUGAAUGUAUUCAUUUAAUUAACUUGUACUCAUUGAAUUACCUCUUUAAAUAAGCUGAUCAACUGCCAUUUUUCUUAUAGCUGGCACAUGUAUUUUCUGUGUCUUGAAAAGACUUAUUUUCAUAGUGUGCUGUGUGUUUUGUUUUGUCUAUCUGGCUGGCACCUGCACCAGUAGAAACCGUCCACGCACUUCCAUUAUCAAUGUGUACAAUGUGUAUAAAUAGUUCUGUUUUGAAUGAAUAAACCGGAAGUCUCUGUAAACAUUCAUAUGCGUCAGUGUGUGUGUUCAUUCGGACACUCCAGGCGCCUGAACUCUGCAGUAAACCACACUUUCUAGCUCAUAGCAGCACAGAACUAAAAGUUAAUAAGUGUAGAAUAGGCUGAAAGGGCUGACGGAGAUCUGGAAGACACAAUCUGAGAUUUGGAGAUACCUGAGAUACAUGGAAAUCCAACAAUUUGGUGUCAGAAGUGCGAUUACUCCGGACCAGGUGAGUGUUUUGCUUUCCUCCCUGGUGCGGUGUAAUUCCGAACCCAUAAUUACAUAAUUAUAAAUAAGUUGAGAGUGAUUUAUCUCUGUUUUGUCGAUAAUCUGUACUCUGGUCUAUGAUCCUCUGUAGUGUCAUGCCUGCCUAAUAAUUGUAUUUUAUAUUUGUAGAAUAAUUUUCAAAAUUGUCUGUGUGGUUUGCCUUCGUGUGUUGUAUUGUUUGUUUAGUAUUAUGGUGUUAUUGUGCGUGUUGUUUUCCAAGUUAUGGGAGGAUCUCCGUCCAGCCUGGCUCUUCCGUCUCCUGGCAUGACACCCAGAGAUUGGAUUGAGACCGUGUUGGGCAGCUUCAAAUUAUUUCACUCCGUUGCUCCUUUGAGCCUUGUGUAUUUGCUCAGAUCAAAUGAAUGAUUUAUGAUUGGGAAGGUGAUCUGGAUUGGAAUUAUGAAUAUAUGGCAAAAUGUUAUAUGGGAUGGCUUCGCCUACUCCCCUUAUGGAACAAACAUUAUAAUUUGAAGAACAAAUUAUCUAAAAAGUUCCAUGUGAAUGAUGACACCUCGUGCACCACCACGUAGAACUAAAGUUUCAAGCCUAAAUUCCAGCACCGCCGCUACUCCAAUUUCAAAACAAACACCCACUCAUGCUAAACCGCUCACACACAAAGCGCUAGCGUUAGCCACUGCUACUCCAGAGGGAGAACCAGAUACCGAUGAUGGAGGAAUUCGGGGAAUUCGAGGAAUUCAGCCAGACUCUCCGCCUGUUAGUGGAGCAGACUUACCUCCCCCUCUGCCCGAGCUCUUACAGCCAACUAAUUUUGCCAUGGCAUGGCAGACAAAAGGGAAAGGAGGCUUUCAUGUAGCCCCAGCUUCCCUAUCUGAUUUGACUUACUGCACUCAGGCUAUUAAUGUGUACGACCCUAUAAAGGAACCUGUUAAAUGGGUAAAUGCACUCAUGUCCUGUAGUGCUCAUCUCCAAUUGACCGGUCCUGAUUAUCGUUUCCUUAUUAAAGGAAAAGAUGAAUAUGAUGAGGAGGGAUUAGUAGAGGAAGUAACUGCCCUUAAUACUCGACACGAUAACAUAGGAAUUGAUCUCACAGGAGGGGAUAGCGACACUGAAACUCAGACAACCAUCACAGGCACAGGUGAGAAUAGAGUGACUAGCACCGUUAAAAUAAAAAAGACCAAACCUUAUAUUGGGCUGAGAGAGAUGUCAUAGAAGUUAAGAAUGACCUGCAAUAUCUCGCUACAUUAAGCGGAGAUCUGACACAAGUCACUGCUCUCAUAACGGGAAAAGGUGAGAUGGUACCAAAAUUCUUAGAACGGUUCACAACCCAGUGGCGACAUGUAGCGCUUAUGAAUUACAACUCAGGCUCUGCUAAUGUGCCAUUUGUUAAUACUUUCCUGUCCUGCUAUCCACCAUGUGUUCAGCAGGCACUUAAAAUGCAUUGUACUGACCGUACUAGAAUAUCUGUCGCAGAAUUCGCCGCUAAAGUUCGACAAUUGCAAGCUGAUGGUUUAUUGAGUGACGCCUGUUUAAAGAAUGUCGCAGCCAUGAUCAGUGAACCCACUGAUGACACUGAGGUUAAUGUGUCUGCUGUCUUUGAAACCUCAGGGAAACCUGAAGGAGCCAGUGGGUACGGGGUAAAAGGCCCAUGUCAUUAUUGUAAGAAACCUGGCCACUGGGCUCGUGACUGUUAUGCUAAAAAACGAGAUCUGCAGCAAAAGAGAGGUCAAGGUGGCCGUGGUCGUGGUUUUAUGGUAAGAGGUGGCCUGCAGUAUUUUCCUGCACAAUCUGUCCCAUAUUAUCAUCCUGGUCAGUAUCAGCCCACUCCUCAGAUGUAUGGCCCACCUCCCGGUGCUUCAGGGAGGGCGAGGUCCAAAUCAAACCAUCAAUCAGAUACGUUUCCACCACCACCACCUCCUCCUGUACAGCAGGAUUAUUAUUACCACAAUCAAUAGGGAUGCCCACAGAGCUCUUGUGACCCAGUAUGCCGAUCAUACUUAAAUGUAGAUUUAAUUCUCCACAGAUCAAAAAAUUACCCAUGAUUGAAUUAAGUGUUGCUGAUGUCGUGUAUGAUUUUCUUUUGGAUACCGGCGCUACUUUGUCUUUGAUUGGAAAAUUGUACACUGGGCCGUUAACCCCAAAGUCUGUGAGUUCUGUAGGAAUAGAAGGGGUUGUGACUGAACAGUAUCUUACACCAUCUUUGCAUUUGUUUCCAUGUUUGGAUCCUGAAUUAAUUUUCACGCAUGAAUUUGUAAACAUGCAGGAGUGUCCGUUUAAUCUCUUAGGACGUGACUUAAUGAGCAAACUGCAUCUCACACUUGCAUUCUCGGGCUCUAAAUUGGUGGUAUCUACACCUCUGCUGGCAGAAAUGGCAAUAAACCAUUCUAAAUCAGCUAUCCGAUGUGUCACUCUCUCUGUUUUCUCACACUGAAUCCUCAGACCCAAGGUUACAGUCUCUGCCUAACUCUAAGUCAUCAGGACGAAGUGGGACAUGUGCAAUGUGUUUCUUAUCAGGCUAAGUCAGAACAUUCUAAUCCUGUGCAUGUAAAACAAUAUCCUUUGUCUGAAUAGAAAGCCCUUGGUAUUGAUGUUAUUGUUAAUUCUCUAUUACAGCAAGGUGUUCUGAAGCCCUGUGUGAGUCAGUAUAACACCCCUGUCAAUCCUGUUUGUAAGCCUGAUGGAACAUGGAGAUUCACACAUGACCUCAGGCGAAUAAAUGAGGUUGUAAUACCGAUUUCACCUGUUGUUCCGGAUGUGUCUAAUAUUAUUACAUGUAUCCCUUCACACCAUGUGUGGUUCAGCAUGGUGGAUCUGUGUUCCGCCUUUUUCAAUGUAAGUGUAGCCGAGGAGACCCAGUCACUGUUUGCAUUUACGCACAUGGGACGCCAGCUGACCUGGACACACCUGCCACAGGGCUAUGUUGACUCCCCUGUGGUGUUCUCCCGUGUGGUAAGAGACUCUUUGCAAGAUCUCAAUGUCACAGACGACGCCCGUGUUCUGCAAUACGUGGACGAUCUUCUUAUUACAGCUAAGUCAGACGCUUCCUGCUGGACGGCAACCUUGAGACUGCUGGAGCAUCUGGCUCACAAAGGAUUCAAGGUGUCACGUACAAAAUUGCAACUAUGUAAACCAGAAGUCAAAUAUUUGAGUUUUCUCUUAUCACAAGGACAGAGAAGGCUGUUGGACAACUGGAUAUAAGUUGUGAUGACUUCACAGCCGCCCGCUACAGAACAGGCUGUGUUGGCCUUCCUGGGACUGAGUAAUUACUGCAGACAAUGGAUAUCUGAUUGUUCCUAUUACGAUAAGCAGCUCAGGGCUAUCGUAGAACAUUCAGAUCCACUUUUGACUCCUGUAACACAUACACCUGUGACUGUUUCUGCAUUUAAACAUUUAAAAACUGCUUUAUGUUCCUCUCCAGCACUGGGUCUGCCCAACUACACAAAAUCUUUCCAUCUGUAUACCCAUGAACACUCUUGAGUGGCCUCGGGUGUUCUGGCACACGAGCAUGGGGGUGGUUUUCGUCCCUGUGCCUAUCUCUCCAAAACACUGGAUUCCGUGGCUGCUGGACUCCCUGGCUGACUGCGUGCAGUGGCUGGGAGUGCUGUUUUGGUAGCAGAUGCUAAACGAUUGGUCUUGUCACACCCUUUGGUGUUGCACACGGCCCACCAGGUGAAAAGGGUAUUAUCCAAUAUUGAAACACAACACAUGACGGCUCAGCGCAGAAGUGGUUAUGAAACUAUUCUCAGUGCUACCGCAAAUUUGACCAUUAAAUGCUCCACCGCUCUUGACACAAUUGUUCAUGCUCUACACCGUCUGCUAAAUUCACAGGAUGACACCAUUCCUUUACCUGAAAAUCAUGAUUGUUUAAAAGAAAUUGUUUCUUCGUGUAGCAUUCGAUCUGAUCUGUCUGAUACUCCUUUGUUUAACAAUAGGUAUGUUUUUGUCAAUGGAUCGUGUUCUAAACCCGUGGAUGGAGUUUUCCUGUGUGGUUAUGCAGUUUGUACACUACCAGAUGUGGUAAUUGAAGCACAUUCAUUGCCAUUUAAUUCAGCUCAAGCAGCAGAGCUUUUUGCUCUCACUCGUGCGUGCACAAUAUUUGAAGGUCAAAGAAUCACUAUCUUUACAGACUCGCGCUAGGCCUUUGGUGUAGCUCAUGAUUUUGGAAGGAUUUGGCAACAGCGAGGUUUUAAAUCCGCGUGUGGUAAACCAAUCUCACAUUCCACUCUGGUCGACAAUCUAAUCUCUUCCUGUGCUAAACCAACAGCUCUCGCGAUCGUCAAAACAAAGGCGCAUCUAACUGGCAACACUGUAGAGGUACGUGGGAACACGCUAGCUGAUAGAAAUGCAAAACUGGCGGCUAGGUCACAAUCACCUUGUCCUUUUUUAAUGUCUAACGUUGUUCAUUUUUAUACUAGUGCUUUGUUGCCGGGGGUGGAUUUUGCCCUUAUGCAAUCACAUGCAACCCCUGAGGAUUCCAUGGCAUCUGGUUUGAUAAAGUAGGUCGUCUCUGCAUUCCCACCGCUAGUGCACUUUUUCUAAUACGCGAGUUUCACGGUGUCUCACAUCGUUCUCUAUCAGGAGUGGUGUUUGAUACGACCUCCAAAUUUUGUAAACGUGACUUACGUCCUCAAGUAAAGACACAUCUCUCACGAUGUUUGAUAGGUCUACAAAACAACGCCACUGGUUCUGCUGUAAAGCACGAUGCAUUGUCACCUCUGCAUGUGCCUUUUUUGUGUCUGCAGGUCGAUUUUACCCAUAUGCCAACCUUUGGACCGCAUAGAAUGUUGUUGGUCAUUGUAGAUCGUUUCUCUAAAUGGGUUGAGGCCUUUCCAUGCGCGAGGGAAAAUGCUAAAACUGUUGUCAGGAUUUUGGUGAAAGAAAUCAUACCGCGCUUCAGUGUACCUUUGCAAAUUGACUCAGAUAAAGGCACUGCUUUUACAUCACAAGUAACUCAAUGGCUUUGUGACUAUUUAGCUAUUGACUGGAAAUUUCAAAUACCGUACCACCCACAGUUGUUAGGUGUAGUUGAGCGUAUGAAUCGCAUUCUGAAAGACCGUCUGAGCAAAGCAAUGCAGCAGCAAAGGAGUACUCCUUGGCCUGACCUUUUACCUGCCGUUCUUACUGAAAUUCGAAUGACGCCAUCUAAAACCACAGGCCUUUCACCCUUUGAGGUGUUAUUCGAUAGACCAUACCCCACGGCUUGGAAAAUGUCUACUAACCUUUCUCAGUCUGCAGGAAAUGGUGUUGAUAUUCAUCUAGACAAAUAUGUGUCUAAAUUUCUUGAUGUGUUACAGGAAAAACAUGAAUGUGUACGUGCUAAAUUACCGUUGCCCUCACAGAGUCCCACACAUACUUUUGUUCCAGGUGACCAGGUGCUGCUGUGGGUUCCCAAGUGGAACAAACAACUAAGGGAGCCUAAAUAUGAGGGUCCGUAUGAGGUAGGGAUGCACCGAAAUGAAAAUUCUUGGCCGAAGCCCAAACCGAAUAUAAUGAAAAACUUGGCCAAAGGCCAAAACCAAACACUUUUUUUUGUUGUUGCAUUUUUUUCAAUUUAUUUAGCCAUUUUUUUCACCAUUGCAUAAAUUAAAUAGUCAAAAUGUGCUUUUUACUAUUUUGUCUUGCUUUUCAAAGAAAAAAAAUCUAUUACACAAACUACAAUUUCAAAAUAUUUAUUUAAAACUGAACAUUUUUUUUCAUUCCAGCAGGCAUAGGCUACCAACAAGGCACAAUAUAACUUUAAAUAAAUAAACGAGUAAAAUAAAAAUAUUUUUAUGUGGUCAUCUUUGAGCCCCCCUUGAAUAGCUUAUGUUGGGCCUAUAACUGACUGCUGAAAGAAUGUAACACUCGAUUUGGAUUUGUCUGCCUGCCCUUAAAUAAAUACGUCUUUACCUGCUUCCGUACUCCACUCCCUUACGUCUUGCGAUGUGACAGAAUACUCCGGAACAGAAACAAAAAAGUAAACAUCCAAAGAGCACGUAGUUCAUGCACGUAGCCCGUGCAUGCGCGCGCCCCCUCAUCAAGGUUGUGACAUUUGCGUGUCUCACUCUGGUUGCUAGGCUAUUUGGUCGAGUCAUCAAACAUGCCAUUGUUCGGUCAAAUUUAUUCGGCAUUUUCACUUAUUCGGCCGAACACUGAAAAUGUUUUUUUUGCUAUUUUCGGCAGAAUAAUUUCGGUUGCUGAACAUUCGGUGCAUCCCUAGUAUGAGGUUGUAGCUGUUACUAGAACUGCAGUUAUGACCUCAGAAGGACCGAUCUGGAGACAUGCAAUUUGGUAAAAAGCUGUUAACAAAUGAGCUCUGUCCAUUCUAUUUUUC